AUGAAUCAAGCAAUAAACGUCGAACAACUAAACUCGGCACUGACAUCGCUUCGAACCCUUAGAUCGAGCGUAAGCUAUGUUUUCGAAACACUUUCGAAUGGAUUGAGAGCUGAUCAUGGUGAAGAUGGCAAAGAUAAGUUUCUUAUCGAGCUUCAAGAACUUCUUAAUAGUGUGAACAUUAAUCUACGUGACCUAGAACAGACGGUCAAUGGGCUUCCUAUUCCCGUACCCUUUAAUCUUGGUAACACAACAUACCUUAGUCAAGAAACCACGCAAGAUCGUCAGGCGUUGUAUACGCAACUUGUUAACAGCUACAAAUGGACAGAUAAGAUUCACGAGUAUAGUUCAUUUGCGCACACACUUCUAAGCCAAAACUCGUUGAAGCGAUCAUACAUAAAUUCCGGUAGCACAAAACGGAGGGGUAAACUUCAAAGUAACCACAAUGUGGCACCUUUGCAGGUUGAUAAUGUCAUAAAUAACAUUGAUAGAUCAUACAAUGAUAUGAAAAUAACUAUUUCCAGACCUUUCGCCAGUAAUGCUGUGGUAUCAAUUAAUUUAAGUCAUGUUUUAAAAGCUGUAGUAGCUUUCAAAGGAUUAUUGAUGGAGUGGGUGAUGGUUAAAGGAUAUGGUGAAACUUUGGAUCUUUGGACAGAAUCCCGACAUCAUGUUUUCAGAAAAGUGACUGAAAAUGCUCAUGCAGCUAUGCUCCAUUUUUACUCACCAACUUUACCUGAAUUAGCAGUACGAUCAUUCAUGACAUGGUUGCACAGCUAUGUUAAUUUGUUCAGUGAGCCAUGUAAACGGUGUGGGUGCCAUCUCCACCACACAUCUCUUUUGCCACCAGCUUGGCGGGAUUUCCGUACUCUUGAACCCUUCCAUGAUGAGUGUAAGCAAUAG